CGAAAUUCGAACUGACGCCAUUGUUGUGUUUGAUGUGCAUUUGGGGUGUUUGUGCCAAAAAUUAAACAGGUUUUCCCGUGAAAGUAGUGAAUUUCCUCGUGGAAAAAGACGCUCAAACUAUUCUUGAGAAUCUCUUUUAUCUGGUGCAUGUGAAAUUGUGCUUGCGGACGUCAAAAUGCCGGAGUUUGUGACUUUGGACAUGGAGUGCUGGCAGGACGACUUGAGUCCGGUCCAGUUGGCGGCAUACGAAAAGGCCGAGAAGGAGCACAAUGACAUCCGGCAGAAGAUCACUGAUGUGAUCAAAGAUAGCUCUGGUCAGAAUAUUUUCAAUGGAAAUAUUUUCUCAGCAUACCAACUGACAGGGUUAGUUACUGGAUUGGAAGAAGUGGCUCAGCCAUUGUCAGCUCUCCGGAAUGAAGGGAAGAAGGUGCGAGCUGCAGUUCAGAAGUCUUACUCAAAGACAGGGAGAUAUACAAAUGCUCCUACGGAAAAUAUUGAGAUAAAUGAUGAUGAUGAUGAUUUCAAUGAUGAAGAUUACAUGCCCCUGGCCAAGCGGAAGGCUCUAAUGUCCAAGAAUAAGGAGAAAAAAGAGAGCCCGGUGGUAACUCCUGUGGCUGCUAGUAAAAAGUCACCUAAGGCAGAGACUCCUGUGAAGAUUCCGGCUGUUGUGGCCAAAGUGCGUCCAUCAGAAGCAAGUUCCAUUGGUGGCUUGUGCCUCAACAAUGCAGCUCCGGCAGCUGUAAAGGAUGCUCCAGCAGGAAAAACAAAAGAAGUUGUUGAUCUGACGAAGGAUGAUGGUGGAAAGGCAGCUGCUGACAGUAGGGAGAUUACGUUCAAUAAGCUCCAAGGCAAAACUUAUCCAUCCCUCGUAGUUGUUGCUAGACCAUCUCUAAAGGUGAAGGAAAAUGCCCAAUCCGACAGAGGAACACUUGAUACAAAGGUUAAGAGUGUUUUAACAUACCCCACGACCAAGUUUACAGAGUGGCUCAUUCAGCAAGGACUCGUAAGGAGUGCACAGACUUGUCAGAUUCAUGCGGAUACAGCCCUGAAACUGGGAAUGUAUUCAGACAGCUCAAAGUUUCCCUAUUCUGGGGGAUACGUAUGGAUUAGUUCUUGCUGUCCAACACGAUAUGUCUCAGUAUUCAAUGCUUCAAUCUUUGAGGGAUCUGUUCAUCCGCCAUCGGUGAUCCUGAAGUUGAUUUAUCACUGGGCAUGUCAGACUAAUGUCCCCAACGUGGUGCAAUGGGUGAAAGUGGAUAAUUUGUAUGUCAAAGGUAUCUAUACCUUCUUGAGGGCAGUCUGUACAGUGGCUCUGUACUAUCACAUUACCCUUUUGGGUGGUCCGGGCAAGAAGAUUGAAGUGGGAGUCAUCUCACUGGGAACCACUACUCAAGAUGGUCAACAGCGUCAAGUGAAAGUUGAAGUGCUGGGUGUGUAUGAUCCAGAAGGUAAAUUGAUCCGCUUGAGAGCAAUUGAGCCCUACACUGGGCCAGAUAAGAAUAACAAGAAGCGCUUUGAGCGGAUUCUGGAGCCCCUGAAGGAAUGGGUCAAUCGUGACAGCAUAAUCUUGACUGAUCUCACCGUGGACAAGGGUUGCUUGCACACUUUGGGCUUCAAAACUGUGCACCAGGCACUGCCAUCAGACUCCAGUCGCAACAGUAAUGCCACCAUCAUGGACUACUUGAGGCGCAUUGUGCCACGAAUGUUCCAGAAUACUUUGUCACUGCUCUCUCGAGCAAUUAUUCAACAAUUUCUGGAUGAGUUGGUGUGGAGGGAGUGGUAUGGAACGUCUCCUGGAUUGGCUUUUGAUAACAUUGUGGCACAUUUGGCGGAGCAAACGCGUCUGGAUCACAAAGCUUCGCUCACUGGUCGACUCAAUAAGGUGGCAGCUGAUCCAUUCCAGAAUUGGCAGCACUUCUCAGCUAGCAAUGUCAAGGGAAAACGCAAAAUGCCAUCCGCCUCGGCGAUUCCCAUUCCAGCAGCUGCUGAAUCGCCCAAGGCGGCAUCGCCACCGGAGAAGAAGGCAUCAACUCCACAGCAGACAACUCCAGUCACCACGAGACGUAGUCAGGCGGCUGCUGCACCAACUCCACCACCGCCAGUAGCAACGCCUCCGAGUGCAGGGAAAGUGGGGCGUCCCAAGAAGGAGGACAAGGAUACGGGGGAUAAGAUUGCUUUGGAGAGUUACUACUAUGGGAUUUAUGAGGGGGAAGGGACGACACUGCAGGCGGGCGAAAUGGUGAAUUUUGAGAUCAAAUGUCCGGAUUGUGACAAAAUUUUGACCAACAAUACGGAUUUGAUGGAUCAUCUGUUUUCGCAUGUGACCACGAGUGUUGGCAGGAAAAUCUGUCGGUACUGUCUGGACAGAUUUACCACGCCUGAGGGUCAGACGAGGCAUAUUCUGCUGUCACAUCCCAUUGACACCAAGUACAUGAGCCAAGGUGGAGGAUUUAAUUGUUUGAUUUGUGAGCAGAGGCAUGCUAAUAUGGCAACUCUCCUGAGUCACAUGAGUAUCCGUCAUGUGACCUCUGAGCUGCCCUACAAAUGCGGUGGAUGUGAGUACCGAAGCUCAAUUCUGCGUCAGACCGUUGAUCAUUUCUACACGAAGCAUAAGCUGUCAGGAAUGCUUCAGUGCCCCUUCUGUCUCAAGAUCUAUCUGGCUGCUACGCCUGAGCAAACGCUCUAUAGAAAUGUCCUGGCUUAUCUUAAGCAUCUGCGGCAGCAUAUGCUGAAGGCAAUGGCUAAAAAAUGUGGAAGGUGUGCGAUGAAUUUUGUCACAAAAUCUGCACUGAAGAUUCAUCUUUCCUACGGACACAUUUCUCAUGCUUGGCAUCAGAAUGAAUUGCUGCCGGUGAACAAAGGCAUCACGAAUAUCUCCAAGCCGAAGCCUAAAGUGGAAGGCGCAUUAGUCCGUCCAUACACGGCUAAUCCAUCUUAUGAGAAUGUAAGCAUCCGUGUUCCUAAUGGGAGACAUUGCCUCGAAUGUGACUACGACUUUGAAGAAGACAAUCACAUUGUGGGCUAUAUGAAGUGCACAAAGUGUACGAAAUACAAGACAUGCUGCAUGCGUGCCAUGUUGGAUCACUACAAUUUAUGCUCGGGACCUCCACAGAAUGCCGCUCCACUGGGAGGUGAUUGGGUUUGUGUUUGUGGAUUUGUGGGUAAUGAUGGCAAUGUUGUGGCAUCCCACAUGGUUGCUUGUGAGCGCAAGAGUGUCUAUGCUACAAUGGAUGAUGCCAAUGAGAAUACGGUGAAGCGCAACAUGUUGGAUAUGUUGGAUCUGGUUAGACGUCCAGAUUCUACACCGGAACAGCCUCCGGAUGAGCCAAUGGAGGAAGCUGCUCCGGCUCAGGAAAAUUUGGAGCAGCCAGAUCAGUUCAAUACACAACUUUCACUGGAUGAUUUGGCACCGCCAUCGGUGCUUCCUCCACAGCAGGAACCUGACAGGACUCCACAACUCCGAGAUGAAUAUCAGUCCCUGGCAACACCACAGGUUCAGGGAGAAUAUGAACCAAUGGCACCAAUGGACGUAGGACCUCCGCAGUUCAUGUAGAAGAAGGCUCUGGGGCUGAAUCCCAUGUAAGUGCAGCAAAAUUACAUUUCAUUCUUUCAUAUUAUUUUUAGAAAACUAAUAAUAGUGAAGAAACUUAUUACGCAUUCUUAUUUGUGCUUUUUGGUGUUUUAUCUAUCAAAUAACAAUGUUAUAUUCUUGCAAUAUGCGUCAAAUACAAUAUGAAUUGAAUAUUCGUCAGGAAAAUGAGAAAUAAAACAAUUUCUGUACAAGCAA